UCCAAAACCUCUCUAUUCCUCAUCUAUUGACCACCGAAAGUGCAAAUUAAGAUCAAGAACGUACAAAAAGAAGAGGAAGAAGAAGGAAAGAUUAUCAGACACAGAAAAUGGAGGGUGAGAUGAAGAAUUUCGCCAAGGUAUGGGUUUCGGUCUUCAUAUCUCUAAGCUACUGUUAUGCCAUAGGUAAGAUUGUCCCCAGAGGCAUUCCAAGACUGCUUUCUGUGCUCCCAAUCGUGUGCCUCUUCCUUGUCCUUCCUCUCAACCUCUCCUCCAUGCAUCUCGGGGGCACCUCUGCUUUCUUCAUUGCUUGGCUCGCCAACUUCAAGCUCUUGCUCUUUGCUUUUGGCAAAGGGCCUCUUUCCUCAGACCCAUCACUCCCUCUUGGCAGCUUCGAAUUCGUUGCCCUUGCUUGUUUUCCCAUUAAGAUCCGACAAAACCCACCUCCAAAGUCAUCGGAAAAACCCCAAAACAAACCAAUACCUUCAGAUUCAAAUGGCAAAACUGAGGAACACCCAGCUCCCAAAAAGCCCAAGAGUGUACCCAAGUCGCGUCUAAACUAUGCUGUAAAGGGUCUACUAGUAGCAUUGUUGAUCCGAGUCUAUGACUACCGCGAGCACAUUCAUCCAACAGUCAUACUGAUUCUAUACUGUUUCCACAUAUAUUUCGGCCUUGAGAUCAUCCUAGCCAUGGUUGCAGCCUUGGCUCGAGCCCUCCUGGGCCUCGAGCUCGAGCCGCAGUUCGACGAGCCAUACCUCUCCACCUCGUUGCAAGACUUCUGGGGCAGAAGAUGGAACCUCAUGGUCACCAGCAUCCUACGACCGACCGUAUACGAACCUGUCCACAACAUUUGUAAACGUGUCAUAGGUCGCAGGUGGGCUGCUUUUCCAGCGGUACUGGGGACCUUUCUUGUGUCGGCUCUCAUGCACGAGCUCAUGUUCUACUACCUGGGGCGCGUGCGGCCCACCUGGGAGAUCACGUGGUUCUUCCUCCUCCACGGUGUCUGUUUGAUGGUCGAGAUCGCUCUGAAGAAGACCCUUCACGGGAAGUUUCGGUUGCCGAGGCUGAUAUCUACGAUCCUUACCGUUGGAUUCGUGAUGGUUACCGGCGUUUGGCUAUUCUUUCCCCAGUUCCUCCGGUGUAAGGCUGAUGUUCGGGGCUUAGCUGAGUACGCGGCUCUCGGCGCGUUUCUGAAGAACGUUUUUCAUGGUCUGCCUUUGCAGCCUUUCAACGCAUUGAAAACCUUGGGCGUGCCGCGUGUUUGAUAAGUAGUUGCGACGUGUAAUAUUUUGUGUAUCGUGCGGUAAGAAAUGAUUAGUGUUAUAUAAAAUUGAAGAAUGCUUUAUUGAAAAGUAAGAAUAUUUUAUUU